UUUAGUUGGGCCCAAAUUUUGAGUUUACUGAGUUUCACGGCACAGCCGUACAGGGGUGUUUCGUGAAGAAGUUGAGCAGCAGCAGGACAGCUAAUGGCGAUGGAGGAUGAACACCAACUAAUGGCGAUCCAGAUAUCUCCGGCGGAUGCCAAUGGGACCACUCCAGGGAAGGAGCAGCAGGCCGCUGGGGUUGGCAUUCUUCUCCAGAUCAUGAUGCUUGUCCUCUCUUUCGUCCUUGGCCAUGUCCUUCGCCGCCACAAAUUCUACUAUCUUCCUGAGGCCAGCGCUUCUCUUUUAAUUGGCUUAAUUGUAGGUGGACUUGCUAGCAUUUCUAAUACGGAAAAUAGCAUCAGGGCCUGGUUUAACUUCCAUGAGGAAUUUUUCUUCCUAUUCCUCUUACCUCCUAUCAUAUUUCAGUCGGGCUUCAGUCUCUCACCUAAGCCUUUCUUCUCCAACUUUGGAGCCAUUGUCACCUUUGCUAUCCUAGGAACCUUUAUAGCUUCCGUUGUUACUGGUAUUCUAGUUUACCUUGGUGGUCUAAUAUACCUCACCUACAGACUUCCAUUUGUGGAGUGCUUGAUGUUUGGUGCACUUAUAUCAGCAACUGAUCCAGUCACCGUCUUGUCCAUCUUUCAGGAACUUGGCACAGAUAUGAACCUGUAUGCUCUGGUGUUUGGAGAAUCUGUUUUGAAUGAUGUCAUGGCAAUUUCCUUGUACAGGACAAUGUCCUUAGUAAGAAGUCACGCAACAUCUGGAGAGAACUUCUUCAUGGUUGUUGUCAGGUUUCUUGAGACCUUUGUGGGUUCCUUGUCUGCAGGUGUUGGAGUUGGGUUUACAUCUGCUUUACUUUUUAAGUAUGCAGGGUUGGAUAUUGACAAUCUACAAAACUUGGAGUGCUGUCUUUUUGUCCUCUUUCCAUAUUUCUCUUACAUGCUUGCGGAAGGUCUUGGCCUGUCUGGUAUUGUAUCAAUAUUGUUCACAGGAAUGGUCAUGAAGCAUUACACGUAUUCAAAUUUAUCAGAAAACUCUCAAAGAUUUGCUUCUUCCUUUUUCCAUUUGAUAUCAUCACUAGCGGAGACAUUUGUGUUUAUAUACAUGGGCUUUGAUAUUGCCAUGGAACAACAUAGCUGGUCGCAUGUGGGGUUCAUUUUUUUUUCAAUUAUAUUUAUUGUAGUUGCAAGGGCAGCUAAUGUUUUUUCUUGUGUGUAUUUGGUUAACUUGGUUCGACCUGCACACAGACAGAUACCUUUAAAACACCAGAAGGCACUUUGGUACGGUGGUAAGAAGAGCAUAAACUUGCUGAUCAUUCUGAAUUUAUUCACUUAUGAUAUUCAUAAUGCAUUAUGGGAUUGAGUAGGACUUCGAGGGGCCAUGGCAUUUGCCCUCGCUCUGCAAUCAGUUCAUGAUCUCCCAGAAGGACACGGCCAGACUAUAUUCACUGCAACCACUGCCAUAGUGGUUCUGACGGUGUUAUUAAUUGGAGGUUCAACCGGUACCAUGCUGGAAGCUUUACAAGUAGUAGGUGAUGGCAUUGAGGGUACUUUGGGUGAAAGUUUCGAAGGGAACAAUGGCUAUAUUGCACCAUCUUAUAAUGACGAAGGAUCAUCGGGGAACAGGAUCAAGAUGAAACUGAAGGAAUUCCAUCAGAGCACAGCGUCAUUCACAGCUUUAGAUCGAAACUACCUCACGCCAUUCUUUACAAGUCAGAAUGGUGAUGAAGAGGAUGAGCUUGAUGAGCCAAUGCCUGGCUCUACAAGAGGGGGUUUCCAUGGCCAUGGCCAACAGUCUUGAUGAUUCAGUUUUCAGAAACAAAUAUGGUAGAGGAUGAAGUCAACUUUGUAUAUAGACUUGCGCCAUCAAAAUGGCUUCAUAGAUGGAAUCAUGAAGGCUCAAAUCCAACAAUAUUAGUAAACAUUUUUUUGUAGUUAUUGAUCCCCUACACCUGAUGUAUUGAUAGAUCCACCUUCUAAUCUCAUGAUCCAAAUCGUUUGUUUUUUGUCA